AUGGCCUCACACCUCCCCAACCCGGUGGUAGCCCCGCCACACGUCCACGAGCUGCUGGACCGGCUGCACGCCCGCUCGGCCGAGCAGGAGGCCACCAUCGACAGCGCCGUCUACAAGACGGCUGGGACGACUGCCUUCGACGAUCUCAUGCGCGACAAGUUCGUCGCCCUGGACCAGGACAAGAGCCAGUUCGUGUACCAGGUGGCGCGCAUGACGGGCGCCACCAGCGCCGUCGAGGCCGGCACCAGCUUCGGCGUGAGCACCAUCUACCUCGCGCUCGCCGUCGGGCAGAACGUCGCGGGCGGCAGGGCCGGCCCCGGGAAGGUCAUCGCCACGGAGAAGGAGCCCGAGAAGAUCAAGCUCGCGAGGGCGCACUGGAUGGAGGUGGGCGCGGAGGUCGAGCCUUAUAUCGAGCUGAGGGAGGGCGACCUGCUUCAGACGCUGAGCAAGGACCUGCCGGAGGUGGAUCUGCUCCUGCUUGACAUAUGGGCGCCUCUCGCCCUCCCGACUCUGAAGAUCGUGCAGCCGAAGUUGAAAUCAGGGGCUGUCGUCAUCGUCGAUAACACGAUAUCUGGGGAGGAGAGGUAUAAGGACCUAUUGCAGCACCUCAGGGAUCCAGAGAGCGGCUUCAGCAAUUUGACCGUCCCAUACCACAACGGACUGGAUGUCUCCGUCUAUCACCCAAAGAAGUGA